AGCAGCUAACUUUCUUGGGCCCCGCUCCAAAGUACCCCGCUGGGUCCCACCAAUACAAAAUCUACACUGUAAACGUGACGACCAAAAUCUGCCGACCUGGACCCAGCUCCCCCGGAAAAAGCUUGGCCCACAAAGAAGCCCUUCUGCCCAAUACCACCCAGCCACGUGGACCAAUCACUCUUGAAGUAAGGGACAAAAGCAGAACCUCCGAAUAUUUGAAUAUAAAGCCAAGAUAAAAAAAUAAAGGAAUGCCCCUCAUCACAUUAUAAAGCUAAAAGCCUUCCUAAACCGUCUCCCUCCCCCUUCCUUCCCUCUCUCUCUCUCUCUCUCCUUCCUGUGAGAUUUGGUAAUGCUCUCUAUCCAUCUGUUGUUUACAAAUCUGUAAUUUUAGAAGCAGAAUCUAGAGAGAGAAGAGUUGAAAAAUGGCGCCGGUGAGCCUACCGCCAGGCUUCCGGUUUCAUCCUACGGAUGAGGAGCUGGUGGCUUACUAUCUCAACAGGAAGAUUAAUGGAAGAACAAUAGAGCUGGAAGUCAUACCGGAGGUGGAUCUUUACAAAUGCGAGCCAUGGGAAUUACCAGAUAAAUCAUUCCUACCAAGCAAAGAUCUGGAGUGGUACUUCUUCAGUCCUAGAGACCGAAAGUACCCCAAUGGUUCAAGAACAAAUAGAGCAACUCAGGCUGGUUAUUGGAAAGCAACAGGAAAAGAUAGGAAGGUGAACUCACAGAAGAGAGCAGUUGGAAUGAAGAAGACUCUCGUGUACUACCGUGGCAGAGCUCCUCAUGGUUCCCGAACGGAUUGGGUCAUGCACGAAUACCGCCUUGAUGAAAGAGAAUGUGAAAGUUCAAAUGGUCUGCAGGAUGCAUAUGCCCUUUGUCGUGUGUUUAAGAAGAGUGAGCCUGGUCCUAAGAUUAUAGAACAUUAUGGAGCUCCAUGUGAAGAACACAAGCAGUGGAUACUGAAUGACCAUUCCUCAAACAUGACAGAUCUCUCUCCUGACGGAAUGGGAGAUUAUCUGGAUAACGGUGGCUAUCAUUUCCAGCCCUCCGAUUGCUUACAGACAAUGAUUCAAUCCCCAUUCGAUGCAAGCAACUCAUGGAUGCAAUUUUUAACAGAGGAGGCACUAAGCUCCACAACGGCCACAUUUCAGAACACUUCCUGUUUUUCCUACGUGCCAUCAAAGGUUGAUGUAGCAUUGGAGUGUGCCAGGCUUCAAGAAAGAUUCCCAUUGCCUUCUUUGGAAGUAGAAGACUAUCCACAACUCCAUAUGACUGACCCAAAAAUCCUGCGCACUACUAAUUACUCUCAACAUACCACAAAUAGAGGGGACAUUUUGCAUGAAAUCCUUUCAGUAGCCUCAGCUUCCCAAGAACUAAUCAAUAACCCUAAUUUCCAUGAAGACAUCUGGACUACUAGAAUUACUCCUCACUUCAACGAGCCUCUCUCCUCUCUAAAUGAAUCUGGGAAUGGUGAGGGUUCCUCGAGGUUCAUGGCUAAGUCGCAUGAACUUGAUGAUCAGUCAUCCUUUGUUGACAUCAGUGAAUUGGAAGAUGAGUUCAAGGACCAAAAGAAAGGGAAGAAUCUCAGGGAUGUUAAAAAACUGGGAGAGAAUUUGAUAGAGGUGAAUAAAGAAGUGCGGCAGAAGGAUUGCAGUUCAAAUCCUCAAACAGAACAAAUCUCUGAUGAUCAAGCAGAAACACAUCAAGGAAACUUUACCCAUGAAUCAACUGAAAUAGACAGCAAACCCAUAUACUCUCAAUCCCAAGAAGAUGAUUUCUCCAUCGGUUUCAUCAACAUUCAUCAACAUGAUUUCAACCAAUAUGAACACCACGACCUCAAUAAUAAUGGCUCCCCUUCCUUUGAUGUUUAUCACGAAAUGAUUCAGUUCAACCAAGGACUGCUUAAGUCAAGCCAAACUGUCUCCAAAACACUAUUUCAUCAUAUCGCACCAGCAAACAAGAUCAAUAUCCAUCUAAAUCCAAUCGAUUUCAUGGUUGGCAGAUUUGAUUCUUCAGAAAGAGCUAGAUCAAGAGUUUCCAUCUUUGAAAAUUUUAAAAAUUUCUUCUGCAACAAGCUGAAGAAGGGCUCUACCUUCUGUAGAGGUGGAGCAACUGGCAUGCUAAGUCUUAUUGAGCUUCUUUUAGCUUCUAGUUUUUAUCAAGGAGGGUUAUUGGAGCAAUCCAAUUUGGUGAUGGAAGAACUCCCUUCAAGAGUUGAAUCCAUGGAAGCUGAGAGCCGAAAGCUCAUAAGCUAUGAGGGAAGAAAAAAAGCAGAUAACAUGAAAAGAAUGAAAUGGAACGAAGUGAAGAGAAUUUGGAUUCCAAACAUCAGAGGAAAAAGCAUUUCAAGAAUUUUUAUGAAUGGGAAUUUGUUACCUUGGGUCUCUAUGCUUCAGCCUUCGCACCACAGUUAAAAAUCUUAUUAGGACAGAAUUCAUGAUUUCAUCUGCUCUAACACAGAAUAUGCGUUGUCAAUUUAAUAGUUUCAAUUUGGUUUUCAUUAAAUAUUUUCUAUAGACGAAAUGGUCAUUGUAUUGUUGAUUUCUAACAUCUGUCAUAAUUGUAAUAUAGAUAUAUAUAUUAGCAGCAUUUUUUAUAAUAUUAUUUU